CGGUGUACAGUAGCAUGGCAGACUGCAGUAAAUACAGUGUUGAAGAGGCGGGGUUUGACAUCUCCGCUCUGAAAACAUCUCUAAUCCAGUAUUUCAGGUGGCCAAGUCGACCGAGCGAACCAUUGCUCACUACCGCCGCGCUUCAGAGAACUGCAGCACAAACGCACGCCUCCUCCAGCCGGAGUGUACCGCGAGUGGACAGACGGGGCUGGUGUGUAUCCGAAGUGGAAACUCGCCGUAGGAGAAGAAAACAGAGAAAAAGCCGGAGAGGGAGAGAGAAGUUUAAGCGACGCGAGGCAACACUUUACUUGUCUGGGCGGUGUUUUAGUUCCCAGCGUCUCCCCGUUUGAAGAACAUAGUAAGCAGAGACUCAUUCGGCUUUUCGGCGAAACUCAACCAAAAGAAAAAAAUUACUUCCAACUCUUGUUCAGCGAACUCUAAAAAGGAUAUUGCGGCACUUUUUGUUGUCAUUAUUCAGCCACAGCCCGGUCGUGUUUGCUGUCUAACCUUUCGACGUGUGAACUUCUGAGCGGGAACAAGGGAAGAGUCGCCAGGACCAUGUGGCAGGAUUUUCUUAUAGGUGUCAACAAUUUGUUCUGAAGCUGUUAUGAAGUUUUGACCACAAACAGCACAAGAUGUUUGAAAUGCGUCCCUUCGUGUUGAGAAUGCAUCAUAUUAGAUCACUGGUUAACAAAGGCCGGCCAAAAAGAAGAGUUGGAUUGUAAUUUUUUUUUUUGUGUGUAUGUGUGCGUUUGUGCGCACAUGUGUGUUUAUUUUUCAAUUUUUAAUACAGAAGAUUUUUAAGUAAUUGGCACGAUAUAAGGACCUUUUCCUUGAGCUGCAGACAUAGACUGGACUCCCAUGUAUAGCAGAGCAGCCGCUGCAGCUUGUGGAAUAACUUAGCUUCAGACUGUUGGACAGCUGCUUCUUCAGGGCUCCGGGGAUCUGAUCUAAGCAUCCACCCACCGUGUCAUCUGACUAUUUCACCUGUACUAAGGCAACCCUACUAACCAAUGGCAUGGGUCAAGUUCUUCAGGAAGCCAGGGGGCAAUCUGGGGAAAUCCUACCAGCCGGGGAGCAUGCUGUCUCUGGCCCCCACCAAAGGACUGCUCAACGAGCCUGGCCAGAACAGCUGUUUCCUCAACAGUGCUGUGCAGGUACUAUGGCAUCUGGACAUCUUCAGACGCAGCUUGAGGCAGCUGCCUGGACACUUCUGUCUGGGAGAGUCGUGCAUUUUUUGUGCAUUAAAGGGUAUUUUCACCCAGUUCCAGCACAGUCGGGAGCGAGCCCUGCCCUCUGACAACCUGCGUCACGCCUUGGCGGAGACCUUUAAGGACGAGCAGCGCUUCCAGCUGGGCUUCAUGGAUGAUGCCGCAGAGUGCUUUGAAAACAUACUGGAGAGGAUCCACCUGCACAUUGUGCCUGAGGAGACAGAUGCCUGCACUUCAAACUCUUGCAUCACACAUCAGAAGUUCGCCAUGUCACUUUAUGAACAGUGUGUGUGCCGUAGCUGUGGGGCAUCUUCUGACCCACUGCCGUUUACAGAGCUGGUGCAUUAUGUCUCCACCACCGCACUCUGUCAACAGACGCCUCAGCGGAGAGAUGAGUCUUUUGGGGACGUGUUAAAAGCAGCGAGUACGAUCGGGGACCUUCGUAACUGUCCAAGCAACUGUGGCCAGAAGAUCAGGAUCAGACGAGUCCUCAUGAACUCCCCAGAAAUUGUCACCAUAGGCUUUGUGUGGGACUCCGACCAGUCGGACCUCACUGAGGAUGUUAUCCGCUCACUAGGGCCUGUUCUCAAUCUUUCCUCGCUCUUCUACAGGGUGACAGAUGAGCAUGCCAAAAAGGGAGAGCUGAUGCUCGUGGGAAUGAUCUGCUACUCCAGCCGUCACUACUGUGCCUUCACCUUCCACACCAAAUCUGCCAAAUGGGUCUUCUUUGAUGACGCAACAGUCAAAGAGAUCGGCUCCCGGUGGAAAGAUGUCGUCAGUAAAUGUAUCAAAGGUCACUUCCAGCCUCUUCUUCUUUUUUAUGCCAAUCAAAAUGGGAGCGCUAUCGCCACAGAAGAUGCCUCAAAACAAAACAGCAGCCAGUCCCACAGCAAGAACCCCGUUAAUGGAGAAGCGCAAGUCACUGAGUCCCAAGUUUCAGUCUCCCCCAGAAAACUGGACCUCACCAGAGAGAACCUGAAUGCUCUGCUGGGCCAGGAUCUUUUCAAGAAAACCCCUUCAAUCCUCAGCAGGGGCAGCACUCAGACCAGUGGAGGACGGGGAACAGUGAAAAGCAAUCACAAGAGCCGCCUUAGGGAGAUUUCUCGUGAAGUUGCCCAGAAAGCAGGAGAGAUGCGUAGGGCGCAUUCACCCCGAAGAGAGCCUGAUAGGACUGGUCAACACAGGGUGGAGUCACGCUACAGAGACCCAGCUCACGACAGGACCUACUCCCGCUCAGCUUCACCUCCAGAGAAUGGCUUCAAGCAGUACCUGGAGACUCGACUGUACAGCAGCCAAGGAAAAGGUCCCACUCGGACUGAGCGAACACCGCAGCUUGGGGGCCGGUCUUCCAAUGAAAAUUCUCGUUUAAGGCACCAAGUGCUACCUGAUGUGCCCAUUGUAACUAGUCGUCAUAACAGGCGGAGACUAGAUCAGAUCUCAAAUGGAUACGAUACAGACAGCAGCCAAGACUCCAGAGGGCUUUCUGGAAAUAUAGAGAACGGCCGCAGCAGGCCCGGUCGAGCUUGGAAGCCAAUACGGGAAGCGCUAAAUGUAGACAGCGUAUUAAGUAGCGGGAAUGUAAGUCACGAACGAAGGCAGCACAGCCCCCAGACGAGACCCAAUAGUCAGUCCCCCUCACGUGAUCGAGAUUAUCUGUGGGGAGGCCGGGAAGAACGUAAGCCAAAGAGCCUGAUGACCAUCUACGAGGACGAGCAGAAGCACGAAAUAGGUGGCAGCCGAAGCUCUCUGGACUCGGACAGCCGCGGGGGCCACACUGACAAAGACAGAGCAAAGGGCUCAGCAACUCUUAAAGUGCGCAGUGACAACUGGAAGAUUCAGAGAACUGAAUCUGGAUAUGAGAGCAGUGAUAGACUGAGCAAUGGCUCAGCUAAUCUCGACUCGCCCGUUGUAGAGAACAUUUCUUCCAAGGACCUCCGGCCCAUACCUGAGCUGCAUCUGAUGAGGGAUAACUUUCCUCAGAGAAGAAGUGAUGAAUUGAAGAGUGACGUGCUGUACUCUACAAUUUCCAUUAAUGAACCAGGGAGAAAAUCUCCUGAACUCCAAGAGUCCAACAUGUUGUCUGAUCAGCUGUUACAAAGCAGAAGAAGAGCCCUCCGGUACACACCCGGGAUCUUGGAAAAGAACAAUGGCCUGGACGACGAGCGAGAGAAGAAUGUGGACAGCAGCCCUGUGCCUCCCUACUUAGCAAAGACCAGCAGCUCUGAGUGGAACAGCUCAGAUGACCUUGUUGGACAGUUUUCGGAGCAAGAAGAGAAUGGCUCUGGCCCUGCAGACUCUCUGUCUCACAGCUUUCCUCUACCUUUACCUCUCAAGACUUUUGGCAACAGUCGCACAGACCCAUCUGGCAUCCACUCCUUACCACCAGAGGUGCCAGAGUGGUUUAGCUCCCGAAGCGAACCUAAAAAUGGCUCGUCUCCCCACUCACACACAAGCCUCCGGCGGUGGAUCGAGACGCCUGCCGAGCACAGGCUUUCAUCAGAUGCCAGCUCCAAGUCGGGGUCGUCAGACCAGGAGAGGAACGAUCUGUCGGCCAGCGAGAGCGACGAGAGGUUACCCAGUCCAAAGUCCAGACACGAUGAUGGUACAGACUCUCAAACUCUGACAGAUCGAGUUCUUCCCACCACUUACUUUUCAGUGGAUAACUGUAUGACAGAUACUUACCGGGCCAAAUACCACAAGAGGCCUGCCGUGUACGUGAGAGCACAGGACCAUACGUCAUCAGGGGAGAGCGAUGUCGAAGGGAGGGGGCACCCUUUGACAGAUGUUCAAACACUAGAACCUUCCAAAAGCAGAACAGAAUCAGGCAUUUCCACUCCUAAGACUUUUGCGAAGUGGAAUCCAGUUACUCCGAAGGGUCUUGAUGAGCAUGGUUUCCUAUGAUUUUUAUGGACUGAAUGAUUCUGAUGGCUGGAUGCCAACAGGAAUUGUUAAGCACUGCGACUGCUACAGAUUGACUCGUAUGUGGAGAGGUAUUUUCUCUUGUACUUGUCAUAACAGCUAGUUGGACAUGAAACUGGAUGCCAAAGAGAUUGUACUAAAAAAAAAAAAUGUCAGGUGUCUUUAAUUAGCUUUCUAGCUACUAAAAAGCUUUGAACAGUGAAUUUGCACAGCAGAAAGGUACAAACAGAAUUAUGCCUAAAAAUAUUUUGCUGGAUUUGUGGACGCAGAGGGGUUGGGAAGGUAAAGAAUGUGUCACGUAAAACCAACUUACUAAACAGCAGAUGAAGUGAUUUCUUUCUUUGUUUAUGCCUCCUAGUCGCACUCUUCCUGCACAUCCUGUGGAAUGCCCUUAUUUGUUUAACUAUUCUCUUUUCAGUGUUAUGACUGAGGUGUCUGCCCCAAUUCUGUCAGUUAUACCUGCCUGUCAGGGGGUUUUAGAAGGAAAGGUUCCAGUUGUGGUCAGAAAUCUCUAGAUAUGCUUUUGGCACGACUUAAAAAAUGGAUCCCAAGGAUCUGUAUGAAUGUGAAUCUCCACGACAUCCACAUUAGGUUUUAGCUGAUGAGACAUCUUUGCACAAUCCGUAAAGCCAACAGACUCGGGUCCUUGUUUGCGCGUGAACUUGUGCAAAUAACCAGCGUUGGACUUUCUUCCUUCUCUGCCUCUGUCAGACACUCGUGAGAGGUUUGGUAUAUCAAAAUAACUGUUCAAGAGUGAGGGAGGGGUGUUGGAGUGGGUUUAAAAGGUGAUGGGUCAAUGUGUUAAAUUGAUUGCCUGUUGGUAGAAGCCUGCGUCAGAUCCUUACUCCUCAUUGACACCUGCACAUAUCCCAUCAUCUUUACGGAAUUUUCUUUUCCUUAAAAAAAAAAAAUAUAUAUAUGUAUGUCUUUGCACUGUUUUCCUUGUUUAUUUUUUUCUUUUCACACUCCUUGGUUCUGUUAUUUUUCUCUUUAGAAGAAUAAUUUCUUUGGAUUUUGGUCACUUGAUUCUUCGAUAGCUUCUGUGAGCAGCACGUCUGCACUUGGAGGACACGAGAUGAUUUAAUUGUGUCAUCUGGUGAUCAGAUAUGGCGUUUGCUUUUUUUUUUUUUUUAUGAAGGGAGUUACUAAUAAUGUGUUGUGACUUUCACUGGUUUACUGUUUUUGGUUCAGAUGUUUUUUAUAUAUAUAUAUAUUCAGCAGACUAAUACGCAGUGCCUUUUGUAUUUUUCUGUGUUGAGGCGAGAUUAAAUCGAAGCCAUGGUUUGUACAAUUUGAUUUUAAAGAAUUUUUGUAGCGUUUUAAUUUUAUUUUUAUUGAACAGUUGUCAAAUAAACAGCUCUACUUAACCAUA